AUGGAAGGUCGUGAGCAUCAGGAUGCCAGCACCAUGCGCCGCUCCCGUACGUUCUCUGGGCGACAGAUACCUCUUGAAAUCGGUGAACUUCGUGUCGGGGGUUCUGGAAGACCAGUGCCUGCUGUGUUUCCUAGCGCAACCUCAAAACGAGCACGAAGUUCUUCCGAUGAAACAAAUUUGUCACCUCACGCGACUAUCGAAUCCUUUUCUCAACCAUUUCCUCGACGCAAAGUCGAAGUUACAAAGACUGCCGCUCACGUAUCAAGAAACUCGUCUGGCUUGAAAUUACGAGCAGAAAAAGUGGUACGAUCAAAUUCCAGAACUUGCUCCCCUCAGAUCCGUUUCAGGUCAAAAUCUUCCUCGGCGAUCAAUGAAACUACAAUUCAAUCAACGAAAAUGAAAGAAUCUCAAACAAAGAUCUUAGAAUCUAGUCAAAAUGAUAGUUCCCAUCUCAACUAUGCGACAUCAGACGACUUGCUUGCGAUUCAAGUACCUACAAGUACCAUCAAGAUAUUGCAAUCGAAUGAAAAGAGUCAAAGCAAAGAAAUUAGAUUUCCGAAUGACGAGAAGGAAGAUGUAUUGGUGAAUGCAGUGACAGAGAAAGAAACAAACGAUUGUGAAAAGAAAAUGCGUUCAGCUGAUAGGACAGAGUUCGCGAUCUCCACAAGUGCUGGUGCCGGUAUAUUCGUGUCAAGUCUGCCUUCUCUAACAAAAUUACAAAGCUCCUUUACUGCACGCGAGCUAAAACUAUUCACUCAGCGAUUGGACUCAACUCAAGUCGAUAGAAAUGGUAAUACAGGUUACCAUAUCGCGUCACAUCCUCAUUCAAUCACAGCGACGAUGACUCCACACCAGCAAGGAUUUCAUGAACGAUCAACUCCACCGUCUAUAAAUCAAAAGACAUCGGAGAACUUAUCGACACACAAGAAGCGUCAGUUUAGGUCGUGGCAACAAGUAACUACGUCGCUUGAUCAUAUCUACGAAAACGAUCCAUCGAUUGACUUGGUCCAAUUACACUUGUUACACAGUCACAAUACCAUUAACAGACGAAAGAAACGAAAACAACUCGAGCAUGAGCGCAAUCUCGUUGCUGCAUCAGGUAUUCGAGCACAACAAGGUGAAAAACAGAGGUAUUUACAAGAACAGCAACAGCGUAAAUUGCGGCUUCAGCAAAUGUCCGAAGCCAUUCGACAGCAGAACCAAAAAUCGGUUAAAACUCCUAAAUCAGAUCAAACAUGGCAAGUCAAGCGAGACAAGGAAAAAGGACCUAAAUUGCCAGAGCGAAAGCCACCAGUACCGCGAUUAAGUCGUCCCUUUUCAUCAAUGAAACCGAAUCAAUUGAAGCAGACAAAAAAGAUGCCGGAGCAUUUAUGUGAAACGUCAAUUUCAAUUGAUUUGGCGAUGGAUUCGUGUGGACAGCAUGACAAUCCGAAAGCUCGAGGUGUUGACAAAUUAAGCGUAUUUCAAAAUAAUCAAUUACCGGGUACAAAGUGUCUUGCUAAGCGUAAAUCGCCGUCUCGAUCACGACCUUCUACAAAAAAGAAGAAGCAAGAUGUAGAAGCAGAUAAAAGAGCGGAAGCCACAAUGAGAGCUCGAAAAACACGGCGAGCUCUCGCACGAGAGUACAUGCAACAGCAACAACAAAGUCGGCGCAUUGGACACGCAAGAGCGAAAGAACAAUCUCAGCGUGAAAAAGAAAAGCGGCAACGCCAACUCGAGAUUUUAGAUGCCAAUCGAUUAAAGAAUCUACGUGUUUCUCAAAGGAAAACAAAGAAUCGCACGAACUUCAAUAGAGUUGAUGCAGCAAUGUCUGAAGUAGAUCAAUCACCCGAGAUUGCUACAAAGCUCGAGAUGAUUGGCCCCCUGGCUGUUCAUGACGAAGUAUUGUCGGAUGCUGCGAAUGAGAACGAUCAAGCGAUUGGAAAUUCUGGACAUGAUAAAGAGAAUGCUUAUAAGUUGACGGGCUUACAUGGAAAUGCAGAAUGGGUAAGCGCAGCUGAUGAACGCAUACAAAAGUUACUUGAAUUACGAGAGAAGGCAGCGGCGCUCUCAGCUCGGUUGAGUGGACUAGGGAAUCAAACCGAUAAGAUAAAGGAAACAAACACAAAGAACAAUCAGGAAUGUUCUAUUUUAAAAGUCAACGAGAUGAUUGAGUCUGAUGACUACAAAUGUCCAGCACUUCAACACAAUGCACUGGUUGAAACUCGGACAUUUGAACAAGAACGAGAGAAAGACCGCGAGGAGGAGGAGAGUGGAAUAGGAGAGGAAGAAGGUGCUGAAACACAUCACGGUUCUCUCGAACGAGAAGACGAUACCGCCCGAACUUCUAGUAAGAUACAAACAUCAUUCGAUGUACAAGACCAGCGGCGACAUUCAGCGCAACGUGUCAUAUCUUCUGAAGUUACAAACUCGAUUGGAAUGUACCUACCGACUGACUUAGACGAGGAGACUAUUGAUAUUCGAUCAAUUGGCGUUCACAAUAUCGAAGUUAUGUGGCAACCUGAGCUACCAAAUGAAAGUGUGGAUGGAGGACAGAGAGUCAAUUUAUUGUCGUCAAGUUCUUCAAGCUCGUCGGUAUCAUCCUCACUAACUUCUCAUUUGACUGCGCAAAAUGAGCAGUGGGCUAUUGACCAAAAACCGAAUCUGGAAGACAAAAUGGACGAAGCUUUUGAAGUGAUGUUCUACCAGCAGCUUAAGAGUAAGAUAAAAGCACCAAUAUAUGCUGUCAAAGCCGAUGAAAAAGAGUCCGAACCCGCGUUUGAUUUCACGACUCGUGCGCUUGAAUCAGGUCAACAUGCAAAACAGGAACACGAAAACCGUCGUGUAUCCAGCCCAGUCAAUGAAGGUUUAAUGCGAUUAAUACGUGAGACGGACGAUUCGCUGAGCGUGGUCGAUCGAGCCGCUAAAAAAUUGUACUGUGAACAGCAAGAGAAGGUUUUAGAGCGCAAGAAAGAGGAGGAAUUACAGGAACGCAUUCAAGCUGAAAAAGAAGCACUUGUUGAAAAAGAGCUAGCACUUGCGGCUGUCAUAGCCUCAGUCAGUAACAAAAAGAUUGUAAGCGAAAUGAGCAGUCCAGAUGAAGAAGCGCAGUCUUUUAGCGAGGAAGAUGGAUUAGAAUUGCCACAUUAUCAACGACUCGAAGAUAUCAUAACGGAAGUUGAGAACGAAUGCUUAAAAGAGAAGGAUGCAAUCAAUGAACGUGUGGCUACUCCAUCAGUACAAUACAAUUACCACCAAAAUGACGAGUCUCCUGCAGCUCAAUCAAGCGACGUGGCAUCAAAUACAGAAUUGCAAGCGGAGAUGCCGUCAUCUAUAUUCUGGGACCAUUUGGUCGCCGAUACUUCCGAGAGUCAAAAUUCCGAACACUCUUAUCGUCCUCACAAUGGAAAAGAGACUAAAAAAAUUUAUUAUCGAAGCAGACUCCAGCCUCGAAACGUUGACGAACAGUGGUUACGUGAUCCUAAUGAUUCGCAUCGAAAUCGUUCACCUCAAACUCUUUCACAGAAAUUGCUGGCAGCUGUCGAUUAUCAGGAAGCCAUUUUAGGAGCGCACAUGCAAUUAUCCAAGAUGGAAGAUGCAUAUAAAAGGGAUCAAGAACUUAAGCAAGCGAAUCUGAGAGAAUGCAGCGUACAGACCGAAUCCCUACCGAGAGUGGAUGCAGCGACUUGUGCGGGGCUGUGCGUCGAAACUUCGACUUCGCCGAUGCGAGUAGGCGUAGACGCUGCCGUUCAAAAUGACGCGACUGAAAUAAAUAGUGACGAGUCGUCGUUGGAAAUGAAAUAUCAAAGUGAGGAGGACGACGAGUAUGGCGAAACUUUCGAAGCUCAAAGCCAAAGUUAUGAAGACAAUGCUAAUCAAAACUUGAGAACUUCUGGAGCUUCAUCAAUAGUAGAUUCGCUCACUCGUAGUGAUGAUGACAGUGGAGAGGUGAGCGAAAGUGAUAGAUUUCACGAUGAACGUGAAUCAAGUAGCGUGGAGGAUGAUCAAACUUCUGUCGAGAAAAUUGGGACCACAAGUAUCGUCGACUCAACGGUCUCCAGCGACGUGAUCAAAAGCCACUCGAGCCUCGUUGUCGCCGAAAUGUCGGACGCGUCUAUAUCAAUGGAUUAUGAAGAUGACUUCGAAGCAUCCUCGCCCCGAUCGCGAGUGAUCGUGGAUCGAACUAGUCAAGAGAUUCUCGGAAAUGUUGUUGAAGACUUCAACGUCCUAGAAAGUACAGAACGCAGUCGAGAAAUUGAAGAAAUAGUCUUUGGGGAAACAUCUAGUAUUGAUAAUGUAGAUGAAGGUGAAAAGAGUUUUAUUUACCGAUCAAAUGACUCUGACUGUAGUGGCAUGAAGGUUUUAACAGAACAAACAGCGACAGAGAGGCAAGAAGCUCACAGCAUACGCGAAUCAGUAGAAGUCCGCAGAGACUCGUCGCGUGAAGUAGAAGCGAAGACAGACGGUCAUCCAGCGGCGUAUCUUUAUGACCUCGAGCGUCGCAAACAAGCGGAAGAAUCUCUACUUAAUCUUCGAUUGCAAACUGUUGAGCAAAAGUAUCAGCAUGAAGUCAAGAAGUUGGAAAGCGCAGUUACGAGUCAAUGUGAAGUACAACGUCGAAAAGAGUUGUUGAAAAUGGCAAUUUUGGCCGAAAAGGCUGAUAUCGAAAGUUCCAAAGCGGCAUCAGUAGCGCGAUACUAUCAAGAUCUGCAUACGUUUCAAUCACUAUCACUGGAUUGGCCUCACGCUGUAAAUCAUGGGGGUCGAGUCAAUAUACAUUCCCAUCAUUUCUUGAGCAAUGAUGCAGAAGUCAUGUCGACUGGAGAACUACCUUUGGCAAUUGAUGUUUCAUCUACUUGUGAGCAGAACGAAACAAGUCAACAUGACGAGUAUGCGGACGAAUUCGCCUCUGAAUCGGAAAUUAGCGAAGCCGAAGUUAUAUUAGAGAAAAGUAGCGACAAAAGUUCGAGAAAUGCGGACACGACAUCGAAAUCGUCCGAAACUUCAGAGAUUGAAUCCAAGUCAAAUGAACAACUCGAAGUAUCGGAAAUGGCAAUACAAGCUGGACAAGAUUUUGAGCAAGAUGAUGAGGACGAAAAUUUUGUGGAAGAGGAGGAACAAUACGACCAGGACGCGUUCGUAUCGAUGAGUGAAGAGUAUAAUGCUCGAACUGACAUCGUUACUGAAGUGAAGAAUGCUGAAAGUACGAGCAUUGACACGGCUGAAUGGGUUAGCGAGCACAGUGAAAGUGAAAAUGUCGGAGACUUGUUAUCAGUGGAUGAAAAUUUUGUCAACGAGAGUAAUGAAGUGGCUGAGUUUGUUGACGAACAGGUCGCGGAGUUUCAAAAGCAUGAUGUUGCAGAUUUUGAAGGAGCGAUUGAAGUCGAUACAGUUUCGAGUGAAAUUGAGCAAGUUGGGACAGCAUCUCAUGAUAUUGAGCAAGAUGUUCAAAGUACAAAAUCCGACCAGCACAAUUAUUCGGAUGAUUUUGAGAGUGAACACAUGAAGCAUCUUACUUUAUCAUCAGUACCAACAUCACAAGCGCAAUCCCUAAGUAUCAAACACUCUGGAAGUGGUCAGUCCGAGUCUGAAGAUUCCUCCAUGACUACGCUUCUUGUUACUGAAGUAGCUGCACUUCAAGAGACAAUAGCUAGAGCGUCGAGUGAAGGUGAUGAUCGUAAACUUGCUCGAAAAAAGGUCAAAAUUGCGGAGCUAUUGCAUGCAAAAGAGCGGCUUGUUAGCCAACAAACGGAAGCCUUCCGUCGUGCUGAAGAGAAGAGACAUAUAGAUCUUCUUGCACGAUUGGCUCUUCAAAUGGAUGUUGAGGAGCAAGUACGUCGCGCAAAAGAUGAGAUUGCACAACAAGUAUCGAAUGAAUUUCAGACGCUGCAGCAAAAGUAUUCGAUACUUACGAUGGGCAACACAAUAGCUGAGAAAGUGUCAACGAUGGAGCGACACACGCCUUCGGUGCUGAUUAAACUCUUUGGCGGAAACUCUGCUGACGCAGCGUCAAAGGUUGAUGUCGAAUACGAGAACGAGUACGAAACCGAGUCCUUUGACGAAGAGACUGAUGCUCUAAAAGCUAGCAAAACAUUCGAGGUCGAGAGCACUGAGAUUGAUGGAGAAAAUAUUUAUGAUGGUAAACAGGAUAAAGCUGAAGAGAAUGAGUUGAGUGACGAGGUUGAGUCAGAAUUUUCUGGUGAGAAAGUCGAGGUUGAUCAAGAAUUGGUCUCAAGUAUUGUGGACGAGGAAAAUAUUCUGAAUGGUGGUGACACGAUUGUUAGCAAUGUUGACGCUCAUAGUAUUGACGAUGAAAAUGACUAUGAGAAUGAAUCAUUCGACGACGUCCAGUCCAUUUCAGAUUCUGUGCCAGCGUUGAAAGAGCGAGACGCUCAUGUCGACGACGAGAUCUUUGACCCAAUCGUGGAAAGGUACCAGUCUUUUGAGGGUGGAGAUGUCUAUUCUGAUGAAAAUUUCGAUAGCGCGUCUGAAUCGUUUAAUAAUGAAGAACGUGCUGACGCUCAAAAGGACCCUAAGACAAUAAUUGUCAAUGACUUUGCAGUAUCCGAAAACGUCAGUAGAGACGAUGAGGACCUGACGGAAGCGAUCGCGAAUGUUGUGGUUCAACUAGAACAAAAGUGUAUAUUUCUUGAACCAGAGAAAGGUUCUACUUGUAAUUUGAAUGAGGACCGGAGUUUGACAACAUCUGUGUCAAUGCCACAGUCUUGUGGUAAGGAAGCCGAGUCAUUUACAGCGAGUAUUGAAGAGCGGACCGCUCGACUCGAAGCUUUGCAACAACAAAUUGACGCUCGAAAGUCUGACCUUCUUGCUGUUCAAAUGCGAAUGCGUGUGGAAAGUCGGAGAGGAAAACUCAUGGCUCAGGAAAAAGUGUUGUGGGACGAGAUGGAAGCCGUUCAGAAGUUACUGAAAGCGGAUGAAGCGGCUGUGGCAUUGUGUGGCCAACGCAAUCGUUUGGACAUGAUGCAGCUUGAAGCAAGGCACGUAAGUCUAUCAAGUGACAGAAAAGAGAUCAGGGAUUUGUUGCUCGGGUUUGACUACAUUGAAAAUGCACAAGUUGGUCACAAUCUGCAGGAAUCCUUGGCAAGUGGUAAAUUAGCGAGGCAAGAUCAAGCGUUACGACAAUAUGACUUGCUUGACGGAUAUACGUAUAUUGAAUAUACUGAGGUUGCGAAUUAUUCUGUGAGCAACUUUACAGCAGCUGAAGAGAAAUUUUUGGAGAGAGAUGAGAAUAGUUUGUUAGCCGUGAGACAUUCAAUGCCUCGAGUUGUUACUGACAAGGGCGUGAUGAUAGAAUGUGAUAGAGAAAAAGGUGAGGAGAUUUGUCGAGGAGAAGAGGAUUUUCUUGAUAAUUCGCAGGACGAUAAGGGAGAUGCGAAAAGCUCUUUGGACCUUCAAGAAACGAUUGAAGCCGCAGCUGAGAUGAAAAUGCCAUUGCAAGAGUCAUUGGAGCAAGAAACGAGUCAAGAUCUACUUGAUGCAUACGCAUAUGUGGAAGAUGUCGAGCCGGUAUCAAACGCAAAAGUUGAUCUUCUGGCAGAGUUUGAAUAUGUGGAGAUAAUUGAAACCGUCGAGCUAGAGUUAAAUCAUGAUUGCUUGAGCCAGACAAUGGUUGAGACUGGAGAAUUAUUAGAGAAUUUGGUUUCUGCCCAAGAUGCGCCAGACGAAUAUACUUUGAAGCAAGAAACAUUUAGCGAAGGCAGUCAAGCUGAGAAUAACGAAUCAAUUGACGAUCAAACUAUCGCAGCCGAUCUUCGAGUUGGUGAACUGUCUAAUUCUUUGCUGACAGAAAGCACAAUAUGUACAGCCGACAACGAUCGUGCAAGCGAAAAUGCUCACGGGAUUAAAGAGAUAGCUGGCUUGAUGGAACAUGAUAAAGCAUUUGUUACAAUUGGAACUGCUCAACUUGAUACCAUCCCUUCACCAGACAAAUAUGACCGAUUAGAAAAGUUUUUAGACACGAGAAAUGCUGAUCGAGUGACUAUGCUGCUGUACUCUGACUUCAUUCAAGAGCUCGACGAACAAAUUCUCACUAAUUUUCGUUCGAGAAGUAUCAACGUCGAGCCAGAUCAACCGUUUCACAAGGCCGUACUCGUUCCUUUCAACAAUCAUGUAAACAUCAAGACCAACAACUUACAAUGUGAAGAUAAUGAGAUAGGUCCAAGAGAGGGAGACUUGUCCAAAUGUGAAUCUGACAAGGAGUCCAGGAUAAAGUCUAUCUGCAAAACUCUCGUGGAUACUGAUAAUAACGAGGAUAUUGCAGACAUGUCGAACAUUACAGCUCAUACUCUCUACGAAAAUUCUCUGGAUAACAAGCCUUUAGUCGGAAAUAAUGACUCAUUUGAAAUUGUCGCUCCUCACGUAUCAUCUAUCAAGCAAAAUUCGACUUUGAGCUUGGCAUCAAGUGAUGAAAAUCUUGUUGAGAGCUCAGGGUUCAAAGCAUUGACUGAUGCUUCUCCUGAAGUACAAAGCGAGCGCAUUGUCGACGUAAUUUUUGCCAGUAUAUAUGAUGAAGUUAUCAGCUCAUCGCUGCAGCUCAUGUCUCAUCCAAAAGUCAUAGACACAUCUUUGAAUAAAUCAAGCAAUUCCGAACCAAUUGUGGCUGCACCCAAAACUUUCGAUAAUAUCUUUGAAUCCAGAAAGCACCUUCGAGAGCGCAAUUUUACGCAUCAAGUUGUGACUCAGCUAACGAUUGUCAAUGACAAGAUUCACCUUCCAGAUUUCAACUCUUUUGGCCUCGAAUUCAAUUCAUUCACUGUCCACGCCUUGUACGAUACCAUCAAAGACCUCGCAUGUGAUUAUCUACGUCGUGUUCAGCACCAUGACAUGCUCGACUAUGCUUCGCUACUCGCACGUCUCCAGCACUACGUCAUCAUUGAAAUUAACAAAUUGCUUGAGCUUCGAGCACAGACGGAUUUCAAUCUUAUGCGACAAGUUCAAUUGAUUUCCAAUGAGUUUAAUUUUGAAAAUCAAAGCAUUCGUGACGUUUUAGUGUCGAACAACUGUCUCGAUAUUAACGUGAACAACAUCGUUUCCAAGGUCAAGAUAGAUCUUUGCAAGGUCAACAACGAGCUUAAUGAUUCAGUUCCGCGAAAACCUGUACGAGUCCAGCACUCGUCCAUUCUAUCAUUACUUCAGACUCAGCAAGAGCAAGUAAUACAACAACGAAUUGCACAGCUUCUUUUCGACGAAUUAUUGACCGAAAGUCUGGAUAUCCUCUGA